GCAUGAUCAUUUUUCAAAAGCAUUUGAGUAUGUGGUAUGUGAGAAUUUGAUCUGUCAGGCUGCACGUGACUGGUUGGUUAUACUAUACCAGCCAGGUCCCCAGGCUGUGGCCAGAGUGGCAUGGAAUGACCCUUGCAGUAACAUCAUGGCAGCUGGAUUGACCACCCGGGAAAAGGAAGAUUACUUGAAGACUGCUUUUGGAAUCAAUUUAGCAUGGACCCCAGCAGUGACUACCAUUUCCUCAAUCAGAUUUUGUGGAGAAGGGUAAAGCUCACGUUGGUUUGUGGCAUCUUCGAGGGUGUGCUCCAGCAUGUGGACCCUAACAAAAUUGUUGUCCUAAAAAAAGUGAAGAAUGUACAAACAGGACGCAGUGUCCCAGGAGUGAAGAUGUUUUUUGGGCAUGAGAUUGUGAAUGUGGAACUACUAGAUGAAAUGGAGCAAGGUGCAGUGAGAGAAAAGGCUUCUUCUGUUAGUCUAAGUACAGAAAGAACCAGAAUGGAUAAAAUGAAAGAUGAAAACCUAAAUGUAUUCGAGCCUGUUUCUCCUGCCCUUGAGGCAGCAACUACCUCUCUGCUGAAUGACCUCAAGUACAGCCCUUUGGAGGAAGAAGAGGUGACAUACACAGUCAUUGAUCAGUUCCAGCAGAAGUUUGGUGCUGCUAUGCUCCACAUUAAGAAGCAGAGUGUCCUAAGUGUGGCAGCAGAAGGAGCCAAUGUGUGUCGUCAUGGGAAACUGUGUUGGCUUCAGGUGGCCACAAACAGCCGAGUUUACUUAUUUGACAUUUUCCUUCUGGGAAGUCGUGCUUUCAACAAUGGACUUCAGAUGAUAUUAGAAGACAAGAGAAUUUUGAAGGUUAUUCAUGAUUGUCGUUGGCUUUCUGAUUGCCUAUCUCAUCAAUACGGAAUUUUGCUGAAUAAUGUUUUCGACACACAGAGAAAAUUACUUUCUUGUCUCUAGGAAAAUCCAGAACUGUGGUUCACACGACCUCUUUCACCCUCUUUGCUGAAAAUUUUGGCCCUGGAAGCUACCUAUCUGCUCCCCCUUCGCUUGGUACUUCUGGAUGAAAUGAUGUCUGACCUAACCACCCUGGUGGAUGGAUACUUAAACACUUACAGAGAGGGCUCUGCAGAUCGGCUUGGAGGUACAGAGCCUACAUGUAUGGAGCUGCCAGAGGAACUGCUUCAACUCAAGGACUUUCAGAAACAGCGCAGAGAGAGAGCUGUAAAAGAAUAUAGGGUGAAUGCACAGGGACUCUUAAUAAGGACAGUGGUACAUCCAAAGAAAUUAGUGACAGAAACAGCAGGAAAAGAGAGAGAAGUCAGAGGUUUCUUGUUUUGUAAAAAUUCUAGGACAGAUAAAUCUCCAAGUUUUACAUCUCGCGAAUAUCUUGAGGAUAUGAAUUUUCUGAAAGAAGAAUAUAAGAGUAAACAAACUACAGAACUUCAACAUCUACUUCCCAGAAAGGAAGGGGAAGCCAGCGAGGAUUCCCGCAACAAACUCAUUUGCCUGGAGUCAGAGGGGUCAGAGGACCAGAAAAUAACUCAAAAAGAAAACUUUACAAUACCCCAACCUGAGUUGCAGGCAAGUUUAUCUUUGAAAGAGGAGAUAGAACAGUUAUUAAUGGUGAAAAACAAGGAAGAUUUAAAAUGUUCAAAACAGGAUGUUUCAGUGUCUCCUUCUCUUGUUCAGGAAACCACAGUAUUUCCAAGUGAUGCCUUUCAUCCUUUAAGAAGAACUGUGCUUUCCACACUUCCUCCCUGUCCAGCCUUGGAGAAGACUGAUCCCUGGAUAAAUCCUUCUCUAAAUGAGCCUUAGAGAUUUGCAAUUUGUUCUUAAGGCCAGAAAGGUAUCCCAUUUCCCCUGCCAUCAGGACCUUCCACAGUACUUAAAUUUCUUACAUUGUAAAUUUAGUAAUGCAUCAGUCACAGGCUUCGGGGAAGUUUAUAUCUUCUUGCUUACUCCUGCAUUCCUGGUAUUUGGAUAGAGUAGGAAUGAAUAAAUUAAAUGGAAGAAGUAAAAUUUCUGAUUAUGCUAUGGUACAGAAAUGUUCCCAGUGGCCAGAGUGAAUUAUUUCUUAUAAUUUGGGCUUAGAGGAUUUGAAGAAAGGAACAAUCUUGGGUUUAGUAUCAGGAAGAAUCCAUAAUUUCAAAAUUUGGGUUUUUGGUUUUUUUUUUGGCUUUUAGAUUGGUUUAAAAGGAGUUGAUAAAACUAUUAGUCAUAAGUUUUUUUAAAAGUUGUACCUGGCUCGGCGCCCAUAGCACAG